AUGGGCCCUCUCAGCUUCGGCACUGACACCGAGGCGCCGAAGCGGAUCGAUGCUUCGGGCGCGGCUGAGCGAAUCCUGGUCCUAGCGCUGGGGUUGAUGGAGAGGAGGAAGGCGCCAAGAGCCGCCGCCGACGCGGACGCGGACGUGGACGCGUGGCUGGCCGCGGUGGGAACGGAGGAGCCGCCUCUGGCGCUGCAGCUUACGCAGAGGCAGAUCGACAUCCUCGCCGGCACCACUGUGGAAUCCCUGCCACAGCAGGCUGAGCAGCUGAGGCAGGCCUUGCAGGAGCUUUCUGGAGAGGAAAGCGCAGAGGCUGCCUGGUCGUUGGGAGUGGUGCUUCGGCGAGCGCUGCACGUGCAUGCGGAGGCGCGGCGCCUGGAGCUGCCCAUGGCGCUGCAACUGCUGCGGCUCCGUACUCACCCAGAUGCUUUGCAAGCUCCGCCGCUGCUGGACGCUGUUGCCAACAUCAGCGGCCAGGAGACCCAGGUGCUGCUGCGUGCGGCUGAGCGGGACUACCGGCAAGGGGAGGAGGUCUUCUUGUGGUCCGGCCGGCAUUCAGACAGCGAGCUUGUGCUUCGCGGGAUCAGGCCUUGGGCAAAGAAUCCCACCGGCGUGGGCGGAAAGGUGUCGAUCCCUGAAAACUGGAAUCCCAACCCCCGGACGCCCAGCAUGAAGGAGUUCCGCAAGUUCAACUGCACCUCUCAAGAGGCUUUCGAGGUGCGGCUCAGCCCCAAGGGCUGGCCCAUGCGCAGCUUCGUGCGGUGCUUCCGGGUGGCCUGGUUCCUGCUGAACGAUUGGUACACCCCGAAGGUGAUCAACCAGACCCAUCUGCUGGACAAGUGGCCGCCGCCAAAGAAGUACAGCCAUGAUGUCACUGACUGGCUCGGCUGGACGCAAGCGGAUCAGGCGACGAACUCAAAGAUCCAGCAGUACUGCAAGGCCAUGAAGGAGAAGCUCCGGGAGUCCAUCACCUCCGUCAUGGCAGAGGACUUCCGGAAGUCGGAGGAUGCGGUGGACAAGGUGCUGUGGCGCCUCCGCAACGAGGAGGUCGCCUCGGAGGACUUGGAGUAUGUGAAGUCCGAGAAGAAAUGCUAUGAUAUCGCAAUGCGCAGAACCGACAGCAUCAGUGAUGCGGAUAAGAAGGACCUCCUCGCCAGCCACAAGAUCCCAUAG